AUGCUGCCUCUUCCGACGUGCAUGCAGUGGGCCAACAUGGUCUGGCUCCUGCGCAAGAUCAAGUUCUACGUGGUCAUCAACAGCUUCAUCUGCGCGAUCGCGGCCGCCACGAUCUGGCUCGCGGCGCAGGCCGAUGAGAGUUCGCUACUCUCCGUGCUCGCGCUUCGGUACCUCGGGGUCGUCGUGCGCAUCUUCAGCGUCCUCGCCUGGUUCCAAUGGAUCUCGUCGUUCAAGGACGUCAUCCACGGCGAGAAGCGGUCGGCGCCGUCGCCCGCGCAAAACAGGCGCAUCUUCGCACGCAUCUUUUGCAUUGUCGUGCCCACCGAGGUCAUCUCCGCAUCGAUUGGCAUCUACCUCAAUCCGCCGAGUGACGCCGACUACUGGAGCUACCUCGAGGCGUACGUGUACUUUAUUCCCAAGUCGCUCGUGCUCGAAGUCAUUUUCGAUUUUUUCCAUUACGCCGCCCACUACGUCUGCCACGUCGUGCCGAGCUUGUACAAGCACGUGCACAAGCGCCACCACUUGCAUUUGCACCCGACGCCGCUCUCGACGUACGAACAAGACGGCGUCGACUUGGUGCUAACCAACGUCUUGCCCAUGACGCUCGCCUUUCUCUUGGGCCCGAGCGUCUCGCCGACGCAGUUGCAACUCGUGCUCGCAUACAAGACGUACGUUGAGAUCGCGGGCCACUCGGGGCUCGACAUCAAGGGCUUUUCGUUUCCGCAGAUGCCGCUUCUGUCGUCGUCGAGCAUUUGUCUCCGCGUGCACGACCACGAUCUGCAUCAUACGCACCCCAACUACAACUUUGCCAAGCGUUUUAGUCUCUGGGACAAGCUCUUUGGUACGUUCAAAGCGCCGACGACCGUAUCCGCCGCCGCGUACUAGAGACAGAAUAUGACAUGGACAUCUUGUAUUUGUAGUAGUUGAGUAGACUAAAGGAUCGUAAAGCAGCUUGAAGAUUUUGGC